CGGCGCGGAGGGGCCGUCCCGCCGCCCCUUCCCGCGUGUUUUUCCGCGCCGCUGCCAUGUCAACCGCGCUCUGCCCGCUCCGCGCUCUCAGCCGCGCCGCGCUCCGGCCCCGCGGCCGCCGCCUCCACCUCAGCGCGCCCAGAAAUGAUGCCGUUGUGAUUUCUGGAAGAAAGCUGGCCCGGCAGAUCAGACAGGAAGCCCGUCAUGAGGUUGAGCAGUGGGUAGCAGCUGGAAACAAGAGGCCUCACCUCAGUGUCGUUCUUGUCGGUGAAAAUCCAGCGAGUCACUCCUACGUACUGAACAAAACCAAAGCGGCGGCUGAUGUGGGAAUCAGCAGUGAAACCAUCCUCAGGCCAGCCUCUGUUACUGAAGAGGAGCUACUGGAUUUGAUCAGCAAACUCAAUAACGAUGCCAAUGUGGAUGGCCUGUUAGUACAGCUUCCUUUACCUGAGCAUAUUGAUGAGCGCAAGAUUUGCAACGCUGUGACUCCAGACAAAGACGUUGAUGGUUUUCAUGUGAUAAACGUGGGGCGCAUGUGCCUCGACCAGUACUCCAUGCUGCCAGCUACCCCCUGGGGGGUGUGGGAGAUCAUUAAGAGAACUGGCAUCCCAACGCUGGGGAAGAAUGUGGUGGUGGCUGGCAGGUCGAAGAACGUGGGCAUGCCCAUCGCCAUGCUGCUGCAUACGGACGGCAGGCACGAGCGCCCAGGAGGUGAUGCCACAGUCACAAUUUCACACCGCUACACUCCCAAGGAGCAGUUGAAGCAACACACAAUCCGUGCUGAUAUUGUGGUAGCAGCAGCAGGCAUACCCAAUCUGAUCACAGCUGAUAUGAUCAAAGAAGGAGCUGCAGUUAUUGAUGUGGGGAUAACGAGAGUGCAGGAUCCUGUCACUGCCAAAUCAAGGCUGGUUGGGGAUGUGGAUUUUGAAGGGGUGAAGAAGAAAGCCAGCUACAUCACUCCAGUCCCUGGGGGAGUUGGGCCCAUGACAGUUGCCAUGCUGAUGAAGAACACCAUCAUCGCUGCCAAGAAGCUGUUGAAGCCCAAAGAGCUGGAAGCAUUAACUGCCUAAUGUGAGACUCUCUUUAGCACUGAAAAACGACAUUCCAAACUGACUCCCAAACAGGCCGAUAGAAAAUGCAAUAUUUUUAUUUAUUGUAUUGGAAGUGGAAUUUCCUAAUCUAAGGUCAUAGAUAUUUAUUGGCAGCUGAAGCAUAUGCACAUUAGUGGUACUAAGGUGUAAGCAUUUACACUCCUGGCCUACUCAUGCUAGCGAAGCUGCUUCGUGUUUAAGCUAGCUCUUCUAGGAAGCUGUCCCUGCGGGAGCAGGGCCUAGGCAGCGCUUGGGAGCUCGGUGUGGCGUUGGCAACCCCGCGGGAGGUAGAGUGCUGCUCCAUGCCAUGGCCUCCAUGGUUCCGUUCUCACAGAGGCUCAGUCGGCCCGGACUGCUCGCGUUUGACUCGUGCUGAAGUCUUCUACUCCAUGCUGGAUGUUUAGUUUGAGUUUAAGCUCUUCUACAGAAGUUACUUGAAGGAGAAAAAAAAAAAAGCCAUAUGUCUGUUCUCAGCCUGUGCAGGGCCCUGGGCAGUGGCAGAUCUGUUGUAACAUGUUGUUCUAGUGUGCAGCUAAGCUGUUUUUGACUUUUAAAAGCCUUUUUUUUUUUUUUUUUUUUUCCUAACCAAAGAAUGGUGGGGUGGGGGCUGUUGGUGUCUGCAUUGAGCACACAGGAAGUUUGCUGGACUGUAUUGUAAAGCGUGUAAGUACUUAGCAAAUAAUGCAGGAUAACUCUAAAUAAAGUACAAGAAGGAAAAAAAAAA